CGCUGCAGAGUCCGUGAGCGUCGGUCGCUGUCAGUGAGUGUGUCCGCGGCACCGACCAGGAGCCCCAGGAGCCACAGGAGCCCCAGAUUUUAAAGAAUCAUGGCUGCGGGAAGAAUGCGAUGCACGCGACGACUGAGAUCCUGGAUGAUCGAGCAAGUCAGCAGUGGAAAAUUUUCCGGGCUGGUGUGGGACGACGAGGCCAAAACCAUGUUCCGUAUCCCGUGGAAACACGCGGGAAAGCAGGACUUCCGCAAAGAUGAGGACGCUGCUAUCUUUAAGGCCUGGGCCGAGUUUAAAGGGAAGCUGUCAGACGGAGGUCAGGACAACCCGGCCAUCUGGAAGACCCGCCUGCGCUGCGCCCUCAACAAGAGCCCCGAGUUCGAGGAGGUAGACGAUCGAGCCCAGCUGGACAUCUCCGAGCCUUACAAGGUUUACCGCCUGGUCCCCUUCAGCGAGCAGGGUGAGAGUUCAAGACACAACUCAUCCGUGUCAAUCGCAGGGUUUCUGCUUGUGCAACAACCGAAAACUGAAGCAGGUCACACGUGA